AUGCAAGUCUUGGGUGCAGUGAUCGGGCAAAGUGUCACCUUCUUUGCGGGGAAUGAAAAUGGUGGAGCCGAAGACCGAGCGAGGGGCGUGCGGGAUGUUGCAGCACAAACAAAACAAAUAAACGUUGAUAAUUUCACUAAGAAAACCACCAGGAGUGGUACUGUAGGAUCCCAAGCCUCAUUGUGGACGAGGUUAAUUUGGAAUUUGGCAUUGCCUGGACUAGGUGGAGAUGUGAACUCGGCGUCCAAGUCGGCUCCAGCUGCCAUCGCAAAAUGGACCAAGCAGGCAAAGCAAGCAAGUGUCCUGCUGAUAUCUUCAGAGUUUGGCUACCCGUUUCGUCUGCAAACCGCAGGGUGA